CCGAUGGUGACCAACAUCACGCUGAGCUCUGACGCCGUGCUGGGCCAGCCGGCGUCGCUGCGCGCCACAUUCUGCGCCGACCCGCCGCCCACGCAGCUGCUCUGGGUGCUGGGCCAGUUCGCGGCGCGCCCCGGCCACCACUCGGCGCUGGCGCACGCGGCCAACACCACCGACGGCGCGCACAACAGCUGCUUCGAGGCGACGCUGUUCGUGCCCGCGCUGCGGCCCGAGAUGACCGGCGAGGUAACCGUGCUGGUCGUCAACGCGCUCGGGGCCGACCAGCUGACGCGGCCGCUCGCCGUCAGCCGGCCCAGUCACGUGACAUUCGGCGGUGCGCCAUUGAAUAAUCGGACGGCACGCUCGCCGUAG